AGGAAAUAAAAAUGGAAAAGGAAAAUGUGAAUAGUCAGUCAGUCUCUCUUGUCGUAGUUCAGUCAGUGAGUGAUUCAGAUGAUGACCACUGUCUCCGUCGCCGGCAUAGCUCCUCCGCUUCAUUCCCCAUCCUCUCGUCAUCUGAGUCUGACCAAGCUCUCUAUUCAAAUUUCUAGAACCGGCUUGCGGAGGAAACAGCUAGGAUUUGCUUUAGCUUCUGCGACGGCUUCAGAAACGCCAUCGGAAGCUACUUUUGAUCCAGAGCUCCGUUUAGUUUUCGAGCUCGCCACCGAUUCAGAGUUGUAUGAGCUUGAGAAAAUUCUUUUUGGUCCCAGCUACUUCAGCCCUUUGCUGAAAUCAAUCCCAAACAAAGGAGGAGGUGACCGCCUAAUGAUUGGCCAAGAUAUUGAGGUGCGAGAUGGUUUUAUCGAAGCUCUUGAAUCCAGAUUCUUGUUUCUUGCUGCAGAUGCUCGCUCUACACUGAGGGGUUGGAGGCCUUCAUACAGAAACGUUUUACUUGCAGUGAGAAAUAAUUUGAAUAUUCCCUGCUCCAGCCAAUUACCAACCGAAGACCUAGAAGCAGAGAUUUUUCUUUAUCUUGUCGACAAUUUCUCUAGUGAAGCAUCAGGUGUCUUUCCAGGCUUGUGGGAAAAUUCUGAAGUCACAGAGGCAAAGGGAAGCUUAGAACUUGGACUCAGUAAAUGGAAAGUUGAACUACUUGCUGCACUACAAGUGGGUGCUACAGAGGUCCAAUCUAUGAUUCUGAAGGGUGGUGGCAUGAUCACAUUUGCCAAAGUUUAUCAGUUGUUGGCUAGGAAACUAUCUGGAAAAGUAUUCCUUGAAGCUGCCAACUACCAGAUGAGGAAAGAGAUGCUAAAAAAGGGUGGACAGUUAGCAGCCAUUAACCUGGAAUCUCGAGCAGGUCUGCUUGCAGCAAAGCAUGGAUUUGCAGGAGCUGCAUCCAGAUACAUAGGCUUAAAAACAGCAAUGCAUUUACUCGGCCCUAUGAUGUGGGGGACACUACUAGCUGACUUGGUUAUUCAGAUGCUCGAGACAGACUAUGCUAGAAUCUUACGAGCAAUUUACGCAUUUGCACAGAUUCGGAUCACGAGGACAUACAGGCUACCUUGUAAAUGAAGUAACAGUAUGCUUUUCUCAAGAUUCUCAAUCUCAGUGUCCUCACGAGUUAUGUCGGUAAAUAAUGAUUAUCACGCUGUAUCAUACUCGCUUGUGGUUGAAACGAAAUUAGACGCUACUCGAAUAGAAUAGAUGAGAGAGUGGUCCACCUUAAAAAAUUGUGAGCGUUUAGGAAACAUGUAUAACAGAUUUUUUUUUUUUAAAGAAAAUAUACUCCCUAGUUAGUGGCAACGAGCGGAUAAGCGACGUGAGGAGUUCUUUGUGACACAUGUCUGGUCCUGACACAAGGUAAAAGAUAUAUAGUCCUUUGAACGCUUAACACGUGUCUGGUCUGUGUAACCCCUCGAAAGCAACGGCUCUUGUUUCUUUCUCAACGAUGACCCGCCGCGUCUCUCCACGUGGCGUUUUGUCAAAAUUCCAGACUAUUCCCAUUAUUAUUAUCUUUUUAAUAUUGCAAACAA